AUGAGCGUGGUACGCCCUGCGCGUAGUCUCCUCGGCAGAUGCCUUGCCUCGAGCCGCUCCCGAGCUGCCCCGUCCCCAGCAUCAGCAGCAGCAUCAUCAGCAGCAUCAGCAGCAGCAGCAGCAUCAGCAUCAGCGACUGCCGUCCAAUGCCGGCAAUUCCACAGCUCAGGCCCCCGUUCCAAGCGGCGGUCGCGGUUCAGGAACGUCAAGGCCGAGGAGAUGGGGCUGCUGAACCCUUCGGUGCUGGAAAAGUACCGCGAGGAAAAGUUUCCCAGCUACUCGGACCGGGAGCUCGAGCUGCUCAAGCAGAAAUACACCCCCGAGCAGCUGGAGGCCCUGCGGGCGGGCGAGCAGGCCAUCGACCCAGACGACCUGAUCAUGCAGGGGCGGCUGCGCGACGACCCCUACCGGCCCAACUACGUGGAGGACUACACGGUCCUCGACCCCAGGUACGACCUGAAGCCCAAGGUCGACGUCACGCCCACGGAGCCCGAGUGGCUCGACCACAACGACUGGGCGGACCGGUACGGGUCGCGCAUGUCGCAGCUGACGGGUAAGAAGACGAGCGACCAGCUCACGAGGGCCAUGGUGCGGGCGCUGCGCAGGGUCCGCGAGAGCAACGGCGAGGACCUGAUAGACCUGACCGAGGAGGAGCUCCGGGAUCUCGAGGAGAACCCGGAGCUGCUGAGCAGGUACCUCGUCGGGGAGGGCGGCCCGGAAGAGCUGGCGGAGGCGGAGGCGGACGUCAAUGCCAAUGCCGGUGCCGGUGCCAGCGCCAGUGCCAGUGCCAGUGCCUCCGGCUCGGGCCUGCUCACCCGAGCGCAAGCCAUGAAGCUCGACGAGGCCGUCGACGCCGAGUGGAAGCGCGAGCUCGACAGGCUGUCCGCCGUGGCGGACGAGCGCGAGGUCGAGCCGGGCAACCUGGAGCUGCUGGCCGACGGCCCCGCCGGCCUCAGCCGCGCCUUCUCCGCCGAGGCCGUCGAGCUGGGCAAGGUGCCCGGCGUGGAGGGCCUGUACAAGUCGGCGGCGGAUCCCGAGGACGAGGGCCAGGACGACGGCGGCCACUACCAGGAGAUCAAGCGCCUGACGGGCAUGACGCUCCGCGACAUCCAGUCCAUCUACCGCAAGGUGCUGGUGACGCGGUUCGUUUCCAACCAGACCCGUCUGGGCAAGGUGCGCAGCGCCUCCGUCGUCGCCAUCGCCGGCAACGGCAACGGCCGCCUCGGCCUGGGCAUCGCCAAGUCCACCGAGCCGGGGUUGGCCGCCGAGACGGCCCAGCUGCUGGCCAUCCGCAACAUGAAGCCCAUCCGACGGUACGAGAACCGCACCAUUUACGGCAACCCCACGGGCAAGGUAUCCGGGACGGUGGUGGAGCUGUUUUCCCGGCCCCCAGGCUUUGGCCUUCGCUGCCCCCACCGCAUCUUUGAAAUGUGCCGCGCGUCAGGCAUCCACGACAUGCACGCGCGCAUGCCGCGGUCCAAGAACCCCAUGAACUCGGUCAAGGCGGCCUACGAAGCUCUCCGGAACCAAAUCGAUCCCGAGGAGAUUGCCGUAGGAAGAGGCAAGAAGAUGGUUGACGUGAGAAAGGUGUAUUACGGAGGAGCUGUAUACUAG